GCAUCUGACUUCGACGCAUUGAAUGUGAGAGGGGCUCGUAAUUAUGAGGCCCACGACGAGAUUGUUUGCGACUGUGGCUGGGGAGGCGACGAAGUCUCUUAGGCCGACGCAGAUGGCGCUGUUGCCGCCGAUACUGCUCUACCGGCGGUUGUUUAGGGUGCAUAGGUAUCAUCUGCCGCGGGAGCAGCGUUUGCUAGGGGAUGAGUAUAUAAAGGCUGAGUUUAGGGCGCAUCAGAAGAUUGAUAAUCCGGUGCAUAUUAUUGGCUUUCUCACGGAAUGGCAGCACUAUGCGCAAUUGAUUGAAGGAGGGACGUGGAGAGGAGAAAAAAUCGACAAGCAGAAGAUCGAGAAGAUGAGCGACCAACAAAUUGGACAGCUCUACGAAUUGAUGCAGGCUAUUCGAAAGCAAGACCUCAUCGACAACGAUCCAGAGUACGAUCCGGAUAAGUGAAUACGGUACGUGGCGGGUCAACUUCAUCCCAUAUUGGAGGCUGACGGCCACGAUAGAUGCCUUCAGUCUUCACUACGCAAGCGUCACGAAAAAACCACGCAGCGUCAUAAAAAACCACGACCAACGCAAUCCAUGCGGUUGCCAUUGUAGCUGUACGCCAGCG